CCAAAUGUCUGGGUUUACCAUAAUAGAAAGCUGAAUGUUUCAACUUCCGAGUGCAUUGACCGUACAUGGACAGAUGUCAAAAAUAAAAAUAAAAAGCGACGCUUGUCUGAGAAUUAUUAAUUUGUUUAAACGAUUAGUUUCUUGUUGGAUUGUGUAAGAAAUUUGUCAUAAUGUAAUUAGAUCAAGGGUGUGAUGAAUAAGGUCUCUAUAUUUUCAAUAUGGUGCCACCAAUAUAACUCAAAUCAUACAUAUAUUCACAAUGACCUACCCACAAGACUUUGUCUGCGAUUACUGCAGCAGAACUUUCACGAGGAAGUACAACCUUCAGAUGCAUAUAGAAAACUGUCAUGUCAACUCUACAAGCUUUUGUGACAUAUGUGAUAAAAGAUUUGGAAGCCCAGCCGGUCUGCAGCUUCAUCUUUCUCGAGGACAUAACAGAUUCGGUCAACCGUUCCCAGAAUGCGAUCUCUGUGGACGAAUCUUUACGCGAAAACAGAAUAUCAUGUCACACAUGGUAACGGUGCAUUUACAAGGCAUAGGACCGGAAAUUCGAUGCAAUUUGUGUAAAAAAACUUUUACAACAGAACGCAAUUUGAAGAGACAUCUGAAUCAACUGCAUAACCCUGAUGUUCAAUAUCCGACGUGUGAUGAUUGUCAUAAAGUAUUCAGAGGGAAACAGUCACUUAUAGCUCAUAUCCAAGCGUUGCAUAACUCUGGAAGGGGUCAAAUCAGCUGCCAUUUGUGUGAUAAAGUGUACACUAAUAAUAGAAAUCUUAAAAGGCACGUAGAGAUGUUUCAUGGCGAAAAAGGAGAGUAUCGUUGUGACAUAUGCCCCAAAAUAUACACAUCUAACCAGAGUUUGAGGAGGCAUUUACGUACAAGACAUAAUUCUGAUGAUCAAGAGUCAGUUCGAUGUGGGUUCUGUAGUAAAAUUAUUUACGGAAAGGAUAAUUUGGAUAGUCAUGUCCAGUUAUACCAUUCUCAGGACGAUGAGAAAGUUAAUUACCCUUGUGAAAGAUGUAACAAAGUGUUUGAUGAAGAAGUUUUAUUACGAAGGCACGUUAAGACUGAACAUUCGUUUAAGUCCUUCUAUAAAUAUUGUAAGCAGUCGUUAAUAAGGAAGAUGUCCGAAUCUCGAAAGAAGUCUUUAUAUAACUGCGAGUUUUGCUCGAAUUCUUUUGCAAGUGUGUACGAGUUGAAAGAUCAUAUGAGAAGCAGUCAUGAUAAGGAAUAUAUUCUAUCUACAUGUAACGUGUGUUUUGAAAAGUUUUAUAGUAGAGAAACUAUGACGCAUCAUAGGAAAGUAUGUUUACCACCUCCAAAUGUGAACAGCUGCAGCCAUUGCGAUAAAUUGUUCACCGAUAUCUCUAGUUUGGAAUUCCAUACACGCAUCUUCCAUCCACAGUCUCAGAUAGCGGAUUCAAACAUCACUUCAACAGCAGAUGAAACGGAUGUGGGAUAUUUCAGAUGCACCCACUGUGACAGGGUUUACUAUAGCGAAAGAUCUUUGAAACAUCACGUAAAGCUAAAACAUACGACAGAUGUUGCUAUGGAAUGCGAAUAUUGUGGUAAAAUUUGCAGUAAUAAGUACUAUUUAGCGUCACAUGUGAAAAUUGUACACAGCAACGACUCCUGGUCGAAAUGUGAUUAUUGCGAGAAAUUAUUUAAAUCAAAGAGGAAUAUUCGAAGGCAUAUUGAGUAUACACAUUUGGGAAUGCAAAGGUACAAGUGUAUUGAAUGCGAAACGUUGUUUAAAGAAAAGAGGAGUUUGAGGAAGCAUGUAAGGACUAAACAUCCAAAUUCUGCGUCAUUUCCACAAUGUCAUAUCUGCUAUAAAAGAUUUGAAUCAGCGAAAUCUUGUAAGAUACAUUUGAAGUUACUUCACUCGUUCAAUAUGAACACGUAUCCAUGUGAUUUGUGCCCAGUAUCGUUCAGUUCUAAGGAAGCUCUGGACAUACAUUUGCAAACAAAACACUUGGCAGAAGACGAGAUUUAUAAAUGUGAAGAAUGCAACUUAGUUUUUAAAGGACAUGAGAAAUUCGAACAGCAUAAUGAAGAAUUCCACGUCAGCCUCUUUCCUAACAUAAAGCAGAAAGUCCUUCCACGGUGCAUUCUUUGUAUGAAAGAUUUUAGCACCAGAAAAACUUUGAAACGGCAUAUCAAGAAAUUCCAUGACGGUUUCGAUGUAGAUGAAUUAGCAACGUUUGGGUCAAAACGUCGAGUAUUUACAAUAGAUUGUGAGGAAUGCAUAAGGAACUUCAGCGAUGAAUUCCAUUUAAAUGUGUAUAACAAGUUGAAACAUUUGAGAGAUUCCGUAAUAUUUAAAUGUGAAGAGUGUAAAGUGUCGUACAAUUCGCUGGAAUAUUCCAUUCAGAGAUAUAAACUUUUCAAUAUGGACGCGUGUAAAAGUAAAAUGAUUUUGAGUGAAUUGUGUACUGCUGAGAUGAGUGAUGAUGAAGCUACAUACUCUGGGUUUGGUUCGCUGCAUGAGUUAGUGGAGCCAGAGAGUACCACAGUGGAAAUUAAAUGCGAAUUGGUAGAGCAAUUUGAUAUUAAGACUGAACCUAUGUCGCCUUGAAAGUUUAAUACCCUCCUUCGAGCAAAUGCCUUUAAGAAUCCAUUUCAUACAUUUUCCCGCAUCAUUUAAGGCGGGAAUGUGCACAGAUUUACGAAAAAUUUGUUCAAAAUAACAGUUAGAUCUUUAUGAAAAUUUUAAAAUAGCAAAUUAUUUUUUUAGUAAUUCUUUGCAUUUUCUCGCUCUUAACUUAUGCGUCGUAAUUAUUUAGAUCGAAUGCUCAAGGUCGUAUGCUCGGUGGAGGGCCUUAAUACAGAUUAUUGUUUUAGAUAUGUGAAUAAAUAUCUAGCUACUUAUUCAUUAUUCGGAAUUGCUUAUGGCUUCUAUUGCAUAAAAGAGUUUCGAGAAAAAAAUAUUUAUUCCGCUUAGGGAUUGGGCUUAUAGGUCGCGGCCUAGAUGGCAGCACAAAUAAGGCGAAGAGAAAUAUGUUGCAACGGGGGACUUUAUUUAUGUCCUGCAAAAAUUGGUGAUGUAUUUCCUUUACAAAUGACAAUCAUUGUCGAAAGUUCAAUUUACAUUGGCCAAGUUCGAAGCCAUGAAGGUGGAUCCACUGCUAUUUACCCUUCUAUUAUGAGGCUAAUUUAUAUAUCAUGAAAGAUUUAUUGUUUUGUAAGGGCACAGAGAUGUAACUGAACUAUACACGCAUCUCUACCAUUUGCGUUAUAGUAUACCACCUUAUUCAUAGACGUUAUUUAUCUAAGGACGGAGCAUUGCUGUCAUAACAAGUCUGUUUCUCAGCUUUGUUUAUCUGACAGCCAACUAGAUUCAAGUUGUAUCUCAAUAUUAGCCAAUCACAACGGCCCUAUGUCUACGCACUGCGAAGGCUGCCAUGCCGUCAGCACUGAGAAACAGACUUGUUACCACAGCAAUGCUCCGUCCUUAGAUAAAAAAGGUCUAUGAAUAAGGGGGUUCUUUUUUAGUUUCGGUUAAGUAAAACUUUUUAAGGUAAUUUUAAUAGAGUUCUCUGAGCCUCAGUAGAGCGUCGAUUAUCCAAAUUUGGGGCACAUGAGUGUUACAACACAAUUAACAUAGGAUCUGUUCGUUGUGGGCAAAACCAUGCCCAGAUAUAAAUUUUGAAGCUCAUUGGUCUAAGAAAUUCAAAAUGGCGGUCACUUUUCUCCAUUCUUACAUUGGAUUUGUCCUUUGUACCCAAAGGCAUGCCCAGAUAUUGAUUACGUAGUCAUUUGGCCUGAACAAAUAAAUUAAAAUGACUGCAGCUUUAUUUAAUUUUAUAAUUAUUCUACAUAUUAUGUUAGUGAUAUUGAUCCAUGACAAAUAAAUAAUAUUAAAAUUUACAAUAAUAUAAUUUUAUAAUGUAAAUAUUUGAACGACUGUACACAUUAAAUUCGAAUUUUUAUAUAAUGAUUUCUUAAGUUUCCGCGAAUUUUAGACAUUAAAAUUAAACUAUUUUACGGAUUUUAUCGCGGCAAACUAAACAUAUUCUAAUUUAAUUAAACAUACUCGGUUUAACAUAUUCUAACUUCGACUUUGCGGAUGACCAACACCUCAUUCCGCCCUGUGACCACGAAGGUUACAGUCUUCGAAACGUCGGGAGAAAAUUUAACGGACUCUCACAUGAGAGACCUACCGCCAAUGUGUUACAAUAUAUUAAACUCGUCGGUGCAAUUUCGACCACUGGACGAUCACUAGUUAAAAUUUUGCGAAUCUCUCUCGGUGCACUUGUUUGUAGAUGAUAAUAAUUUCAUAUUUUAAGGAUGUAGUAUUAUUGUUCUAGUAUUAAUUAGGUUUACACACAGGUGAGGUAUUUUAGAAAGCAGACAUGUUUUAAAUUGUUAUUCAAUUCUAUCUUAUUUUUAAUGAUUUGAAAUUAUGCGAAUUUUUUUUCUGUAUGCAUGUAGUAUAGAUUUCGUCAAACAACUUCACAACUAGUUUAGCACACGAUUUUUGCCUAUCUACCAAUCAGAAAUGAAAUCAAGCAAUAUGGAGAUUAAAAUAUGGUAGACAUUUGGUUGCAUUUAGUUUCACUAUCUGAUAUUGUGAAACAUAUUUUGUAUUCUAAUUCCCCCUGUGUAACCUUAUUGUAAGUAAAAUGUAAAUCACAAACUAUGGAACCUUUUUUCUAAUAAACAUUUUUUAUAUAU